AUGACUGCACAAGUUGAUACCAGAGAACCUACCAAUUUUGCUACCGACAAAAGUUUCUAUGCCAUUACCAGAGUUGCUUCAAAGAAAUUUUCAAGUCUUCGUCGCCGUAUCUCUGGUCGUGAUUCCGUUCGCAAUCUUGAUGUUAAUUCAUUAACAAUCUCAAAUAAUAAACAACAGAGAGCAAAAGUCAAUUCCGUCCAACAAGAAAAUUUCUACUUUGCAGGGCAAAGAACAAAUUAUAAUCAAAAAUCACCAAAGAUGGAUAAAGACAAUGUAUUAAGAAAAUUUGAAGAAAGCAAUGACUCGGUUGCUCAAGACUUGCAGCUUACUAAUUUAACUAACAAAGAAAUUGAACAAAGCUCAACCAAUGAAAAACCUCUCAAGAGAAAUUCUUCUUUAGGAAAAGUCAAGAAUGCUGUAAAACGAUUUGCUAGUAUUAGACAAGAAAGAAAAAGAGAUUCUGAAGCAUAUCAUCAAGAUGGGAAAACAAAUCCUUUCGAAUAA